UCAUGCAAGGAUUUUUUUUGACCCCUGCAAAUUUACUCCCACAGUAACACCUUCUGUACAUCUCUGUUUUUGUUGUUGUUGUUUUUCUACAAAGGGUUCCACUUCUUUGGUGUGGCGGACAUAAUAUUUUGGACAGUGUCCAGCAGAAGAGACUCUAUUUGCCCUGCCCUCAGGCCUCUGCAGCUUGGGGAUCUAUGUGUGGAGGAACGCCUCUUUGGUGGCAGGGACAGGGAGAAUUAGGCAAGGAUGCGGGUUCUCUUUCCCUGCGUAGGGGCUUAUCUUGGGGUAAGCUGAGGGACUAAUAGCAAAGCCAGCCUCCGCUCCAGCCGGUCUAAGAGCACAGAGAGCCAUCUGUCCAACUUUGUGGACAACUGACAACAAAGGAAGUAAACAUUCUGAUAGGAGCUAGCAGAGAUCAAGCAGAGUCGAGUGAAGGGGUUUGCAUUUAAGGUUUGGAAUGGCGGAAUUGAUUGCUUUAUAGUAUUUGCAUAAAAGUGGCAAAAACACAGACUAUGUCAGAGAGGGAAGACAUGGCCUUAGAUGGGAGCCUGAAUGUUACGCUGACGCUAAGGCUGUUGAUGCACGGAAAGGAAGUCGGCAGCAUAAUUGGAAAGAAAGGGGAAACAGUGAAGAAAAUGAGAGAGGAGAGUGGAGCUCGUAUCAACAUAUCAGAAGGAUCAUCUCCCGAGAGGAUAGUCACCAUCACAGGACCAACAGAGGGCAUCUUCAAAGCUUUCUCCAUGAUCGCACAAAAGUUUGAGGAGGAUACCACAGCAGCGAUGACAAACAGCAACGUGACAAGCAAGCCACCUGUGACACUCCGCCUAGUUUUCCCUGGGAGCCAGUGUGGAUCGCUGAUUGGAAAAGGAGGCUCAAAGAUCAAAGAGAUCCGAGAGACGACAGGCGCGCAGGUUCAGGUGGCAGGAGACAUGCUGCCGGACUCUACGGAGAGGGCUGUCACAAUCUCUGGCACGCCGCAGGCCAUCACUCAGUGUGUACGACACAUCUGCUCCAUCAUGCUGGAGUCUCCUCCAAAAGGAGCAACUAUUCCCUACCGUCCCAAGGCCAUACCUGCUGGAGCCCAUGCAGUAUUAGCACAGCAGCACUCUGCACAAGCUUUUGCACUUCCUGGGCCGUAUGCUUUUGCGCAUCAAGAUUUGACCAAGCUUCACCAGUUGGCUAUGCAGCAUAUCCCCCUCCCUUCCCUUGGGCAGAGCAACCCUACCUUCCCUGGAUUGGAAGCUUCUGUCCCGACAAGUUCACAGGAGCUGGCAAUACCUAAUGAUUUUAUUGGCUGCAUAAUUGGAAGACAAGGCAGCAAGAUCAAUGAAAUCCGCCAGGUCUCUGGAGCCCACAUCAAAAUUGCCAGUGCCACUGAUGGCUCAGCCAUGCGCCAAGUCACGAUCACAGGCUCACCGGCAAGCAUCAGCGUGGCCCAGUACCUCAUCAGUGCCAGCUUAGAGAUGGCUAAAUACACCAUGCAGGCUGCGUCUUCUGGGACCCCAAUUGACUUCAACAUGAGCUACUCACAGUCCGCUCCCACCACAUCCAACGCUGCUACCUCUAUUGCCGUCCUGGCGGCCACCGCCCAGGCCCCCGCCGGCAUUAAUGUCCACGCUCCCUCCACUUUACCAACCAUUCAAACCCCACACUACUCUGUCCCUGUUUCCAGUCUGCUUGGCAUGAAAACAUUCCCCGUACUGGCUGUCCACCCAGCAGCUGCUACUAGCCUAACACAGGGUCUAGCCUCUUACACUGCAAAAAUACCCACCUCAGGUGUCAAAAAGUCUGAGCGGCAGAAGUUUGCUCCAUAUUGAAUCCACCUUUCAUGGCCAAGUCAGUCUACUUGUCUGAUAUCUGUAAUGGAUAACAAACCUUGCUUACACAUGUACGCAAGCUUUACCAAUGUACCAAUGUUUCCAUAAAUCAGGAGUGUAGAGGUAUCAUUAUUGAAGUAGGCAAAAGAGGUGGGUAUUAACUCAGUAUUUCAUUGCAUAAUAUGCAAUGUGUUAACUCAGGCUUGCAUUUGAACCCUAGAAAUAAAACACUUUUCUAAUGGUUUCAUGUCGAAGAGCUUUAUCUGAAGAGUUGUUUUCUUAAUAUGCAAAUGUUUACAUAGUUUUCUAUCUGUGUACCUAGAUCCUUUUUUGAUAGAGAAUUCCAUUUUUGUAGGCUGCAGGCUGGUAAAGGAUUUGUCUUGUUUAAAGUAGUGGGGCGUGUUUAGUCAAAUUAAUAAGGUUUGCUCCAUUUUUCUGUCAUAUUUCCUUCCACUAUAGGCUUUCAUCAGGGCUAACAGGCUUGGGUGUUCUGUAGUAGCAUUGGGCUGUUGGAGUUCUGAUGGGAUUAUCCUAAAGCCACAUUGGAUUCUACUGGAAUUCACUCUGCACAGUAAUCCUGUAGAGCAGGACUGGUCCAAACAACUCAUUUAUUGUUUCUGCUUGGUUAUUGUUCACUUCCCACACAAAUCAUUAACUAUUUCUGUCACAAACUGACAGCAGCACAGUCAUUGUAAUACAUGUGUGUACUUGGCGACGCCGACCUUGAUACAUUGCAAAUUUGUAAUGUUUGAUGUUUAUGCAAUGGCUUUCAAAUAAAUGUGUUGUUUGUUAAUAAAA